AUGAAUGUCGCCAGAGGAGCAGUGAGCGCAGGUCGCAUGCGAGCCUGGCGCGUGCACGCGUACGGCGCCGGGACCGAGGAGCUGCGGCUGGAGAGCGCGCGCGUGCCGCCGCUCAGGGCGCCCGACCAGCUGCUGGUGCGCGUGCGCACCGCCUCCAUCAACCCGCUGGACGUGGCCAUGCUCGGUAACACCACACACCACCUGCACACACGAUGCGUCCUCUGGAGUCCGGCCUCACUGUAUACAUUUAAACACAUGUCCGCAGGCGGGUACGGCUCUCGGAUACUGAACACGCUGCGGACGCUGGACGGCACCGAGCUCGAGUUCCCCCUGGUCCCGGGCAGGGACUUCGCGGGCGAGGUGGUAGCGGCCGGCGCGGGCUGCAGGCGGCGCGUGGGCGAGCGCGUGUGGGGCGUGGUCCCGCCGCACCGGCCCGGCUCGCACGCCGACUACGUGACGGUCCGCGAGCGCUGGACGGGUCUGGCUCCACUCGCUCUGUCCGACGAGGAAGCGGGCGGCGCGCUGUACGCGGCGCUGAGCGCGUGUGCGGCGCUGCGGGCGGGCGGCCUGCCCCCGGGGAGACGCGCCCGCCGGCCGCCGCGCGUGCUGCUCCUGGGACUGGGCGGGGUCGGACACGCGGCCCUGCAGCUGCUCGUGGACGCCGGCGCCGAGUCGUUCAACCGCCAUUACAAUUACAAGGAGUAUUUCAUUAAUAAUGUCAAUGUAUCGGCCCCGCGCCAGGUGAUCGUCGGCUGCUCCGCGGACCUGUGUGAGCGCGCGACCUCGCUUGGUGCGGCGGCGGCGCUCGACCGCUCCUCGGCCGACUACGACCGCCUGCUCGAAGAGUCCGGCCCGUACGAGGUGAUCGUGGACUGCGCGGGCGUGGGCGGUUCGGAGGCCGGCACGCGGCGCUGGCGUUUCUCCCGGUUCGUAACGCUGAGCUCGCCGCUGCUCCGGCUCACGGACGCGCGCGGGCUGCUGGGCGGCGGCUGCGCGGCGGCGGCCCGGCUGCUGGCGGACGGCCUGUCCGCCGCGCGCACCGCGCCCGCGCCCUCCGCCUGCCCGCCGCACGUCCGCUGGGCCUUCUUCACUCCCUCCGCGGACGACAUCGACAUGCUCCACCGGCUCGCGGAGAGAGGCAGGCUGUCGGUGUGUGUGGAGCGCGUGUUUCCCUGGUGGGAGGGCGUGGCGGCCUACGAGCGCGCGGCUCGCGGCGGGGCGCGGGGGAAGCUCGUGCUGGACUUCACCGCCGAGCGGACAGUGUCGUCGUGUUAG